CUUCCAGGUAGCCAUAUUGUGUGGCUGUGACUAUCACAUUCUUUCAGUGGGAGCAGCGGUUAUGUGUACGUUCGCAGGCAUUAGGUGACGCACGUCUAUCAGGACAGAAGCAAUAUGAACCUGGUGGAUAACCCCUAUACCAGUCUGUCUGGGCAGGACAUGGUUCACACAGACCGCGGUCGUCCACAUGUAGAAGAGGCAAGAGAGCAGUUUUCUCCUCACAUGGAAGGUGUGGUGGGAGACCAGACAGAGGAAGAUGCGAUCACCUCAAGUGAAGGAGAACAGGAGGUUCAAAAUGAACAAGGGCCUGUUGUCAUCUACACACGUGGUGCAAAAAGACACGCCGACAACGUGGAUGCGUUCUUCAGAAACAACGGUAGAAGUAUACAACGAUUUGAGUGUGACAAUGCUGAGAGGUUCACAGAGGCACUCAAAACAGACUGUACACGUAUGAUUGUGUUGAUUGAUGAAGAGUUUUCUCAGUUGAUGGAAGAUGAAUACAGGAUGUUCAAACGUGUUUUCAAUGAUCUCAUAGAAGCAGAAAAAGAGGUUCAAUUAGUCAAUUAUCUUGAUGAUGACGAAAUCUUCCAAGAAGUAAAGUAUAAGCUUCCUGGGGCCAUGAGAAAAAAUAUUAUUCCUAACACUCGGUUCCUCAACAGUACCAAUGGUUAUGUGGCUCUUGAAGAUCAUGCUACAUCAGUUGCACAGGUUGGUGACAACAACAAUAUAGAAGUCCGUCUGGAUGGUGGCAAUAUACGCGCACAGCAAGUCGGGAGAAGCAACACGUUUACCGCAUCCAGUGGCCCAUCGAUUCAGGGCUACGAGUUGACCAUAAAGACGCCUGACACAGACUACGAAGUGUGUGUGGAAAUCAAGAGGCACAUCGACAACAACAUCAACAACAUUAACAUCUCCCUCAAACCACACAACACCAGAGUGGAGUCCACCAGUCUGGGAUCUGUCAUCAUCAGGGUGGCAGUGGAGCCGGGCACAAAACUCGGACCAGUUUGGCUGAGAGAAGUCAUCACUAAGAUCCUGUCUGAAGACAUCAUUGCUAAACUGCCAAAAGGCACCCGGAUGGAAGUCAGCAUCAGUGCAUCUCUUCCACUCACACCUCUGGAUGUGGAUAUUUUCGAGUUUGAAGAUGAAAACGAAGCAGCACAUUGGAUGACAGAAUAUACAUCUGACAUUCACAGGAAGGAUGAAACUGGUCGCAGCAUGCUCCACCAAGCAUCCAGGAUAGGAAAUAGGGCUGCUGUAAUUUUCAGUCUAAAAUCAGGCUGCGUUGUAAAUGAUCAAGAUUGUCAAGGAAACACUCCUCUUCAUUAUGCAGUACUGUCAGGGGAAACGGGUGCGUCUGUGUCUCGACUGCUCGUAGAAGGAGGAGCCAGCAUUGAUGUGGUUAACAAUGAUGGAUGCACAUCACUACAUCUUGCUGUCACAGAGAAUAACCUGGAGAUGGUUGAACUCUUUGCAAGAAAGUUUGGAGCGAAAGAGAGCAAUCCUACAGCCAAUCAAAAGAUAGAGAUAUCUUCCCUUAUACAUUUCUUGGUCAAACAAGGAGCGGAUGUCAACGCCCUCAACAGACAAAAUCUCACACCACUACAAGUGGCGGCUUCAUCACAGAGGUUUGAUGUUAUAGUGGCAUUACUGACUGAAGGCGCGGACGCGAAUGUUGUCCAUAAAAGUGGCCAAACUCCGUUGCAUGGUGUAUAUGGGUUGAAUAAGCCUAACCAGAAAACUGUUGAAGUCCCUGAUGCAUACAGACUGAAGAAACAACUGAGAGUAGAGCCUGUCACACAAUUAUCUGGAGAUACAUGUAAACCUGAUGAUAAUAGAGCUAGUAAAGCACCAUCUUCAGUGUUGGACAUACCAGACAGUGAAGGUAACACACCACUUCAGAGUGCACUCAACUCUUACUUCAUACAAGCUGCUUUCAUUCUAUUGAAUGCUGGGGCAAAUGCAAAUACCAAGAACAAGGAAAUGGACACACCCAUUCAUACAGUUACUAGAAAUACAAACAUCGAGAAUACUACCUCUGAACAUGAUGCAGUAGUGAAGAUUAUUGAAUGCAGCAGAGAUGUGAAUGUUACAGAUAAGCAAGGCAAUACACCUCUGAUGUUGGCAGUUGAGCAGAACAAAAACAUCUCACCCCUGCUCAAAGCUGGCGCUGAUGUCAAUGCUCAAAAUAUACAUGGUGACACACCGCUGAUGAUAGCUGUUAAACACAACAGUCGGAUGAUGGUAAAAACAUCACUGGAGGCCGGAUCUGAAGUGUGCACCAGCAAUACACAAGGUGGUACAGCUGCAGACAGGGGGUGGGAGAUUGCAGUCAAUGUUGAAGCUCUACUCGAAGCAGGAGCUGACGUCGAUGCACCAAUAAACGAGAGACAAAGCAACACUGAACAACUGAUUGCCGCUGGAGCUGACGUCAAUGUUCAAGACAAAGAAGGUAACACGCCUCUGAUGAUGGCUGUAAAGAAAGGAUGGAAUAUCUCACCACUUCUCACAACUGGAGCAAAUGUUAAUUCACAAAAUAGAUUGGGUGAAACAGCGCUGCAUCUUGUAAGUGAUCACAGGUAUGAACAUGCACCCAUAAAUGAGAGACAAAGCAACACCGAACAACUGAUUGUCGCUGGAGCUGACGUCAGUGUUCAAGACAAAGAUGGUAACACGCCUCUGAUGAAGGCUGUAAAGACAGGAUGGGAUAUCUCACCACUUCUCACAGCUGGGGCAAAUGUUAAUUCACAAAAUAGAUUGGGUGAAACAGCGCUGCAUCUUGUAAGUGAUGACAGGUAUGAACAUGCACCCAUAAAUGAGAGACAAAGCAACACCGAACAGCUGAUAGCCGCUGGAGCUGACGUCAAUGUUCAAGACAAAGAUGGUAACACGCCUCUAAUGAAGGCUCUAAAGAAAGGAUGGAAUAUCUCACCACUUCUCACAGCUGGGGCAAAUGUUAAUUCACAAAAUAGUUUGGGUGAAACAGCGCUACAUCUUGCAAGUCAUCACAGGUAUGAACAUGCACCCAUAAAUGAGAGACAACGCAACACCGAACAACUGAUUGCUGCUGGAGCUGACGUCAAUGCUCAAGACAUAGAAGGUAACACGCCUCUGAUGACGGCUGUAAAGACAGGACGGGAUAUCUCACCACUACUCACAGCUGGGGCAGAUGUUACUUCACAAAAUGGAUUGGGUAAAACAGCGCUGCAUCUUGUAAGUGAACACCAACAUGACCUGUAUGGAGCCGCAGACAUAAACAAGAGCGUCACAGAACAACUGAUUGAUGCUGGAGCUGACGUCAAUGUUCAAGACAAAGAUGGUAACACGCCUCUGAUAAUGGCUGUAAAGACAGGACGGGAUAUCUCACCACUACUCAAAGCUGGGGCAGAUGUUACUUCACAAAAUGAAUUGGGUAAAACAGCGCUGCAUCUUGUAAGUGAACACCGAUAUUGCCUGAAUGUAGCCGCAGUCACAUACAAGAGCGUCAUAGAACAACUGAUUGAUGCUGGAGCUGACGUCAAUGUUCAAGACAAAGAUGGUAACACGCCUCUGAUGAUGGCUGCAAUGACAGGAUGGGAUAGACGUAUCUCACCACUACUCAAAGCUGGGGCAGAUGUUACGUCAAAAAAUAAAUUGGGUAAAACAGCACUGCAUCUUGUAAGUAAACACCAACAUCCCCUGUUUGGAGACUCAGCCUCACACAAGAGCGUCACAGAACUGAUUGCUGCUGGAGCUGACAUCAAUGUUCAAGACGAAGAUGGUAACACGCCUCUGAUGAUGGCUGCAAUGACAGGAUGGGAUAUCUCACCACUACUCACAGCUGGGGCAGAUGUUACUACAAAAAACGGAUUGGGUGAAACAGCGCUGCAUCUUGUACGUGAAAAAAAAAAUUAUUUGUGUAUAAAUAAACCCAUAAACGAGGGACAAAGCAACGCCAAACAACUGAUUGCCGCUGGAGCUGACGUCAAUGCUCAAGACGAAGACGGUAACACGCCUCUUCACACUUGUGUAAAGAAUAACGAUUAUCGUUCUGUCAAAGCCCUUUUGAGUGUUUUACGGUCUGAUGUCAAUAUUACAAAUAGAAAUGGAAAAUCAGCAUUGCACCUCGCUGAAGACGCUGUAUCACCAACACAUUUUGGUAUUUUGGGAAUUUCAGGAAAAGACCACAAUUAUCUUUUGGUACACCUGGAUAUUCUCAUGAUCUUCAAGGGGAUAAAAAAGAAGCAAUAUUACAUGCAAUCCUCAGCAAACACCAAGACCUCAAUGCUAAGGACCACAGUGACAGAACCCCUUUGAAAAUUGCUAAAAUGUCAGGCGAAAUAUCUCUUGAAGAACUUGCGUUAACCCGAGGAAUAACGUCAGAGGAGUCAGAGUUUGGCGCGUCGAGGCCAAGACCUUACUAUUCAUCAACAGGAGUGGGAGUGAGAGUGGCAAUACCCGGUUCGCCGAUCUUUUAGAAAAGAUCGCAACUGAAUCGUAAUUGUAAUAAAUCAGAAGGCUGUAAGGUAAAAUUUAAUUAAUUUUUCGGUAUCACAAAACAUGAUGAUUAGUCUUAGUGAGGUCAUUAUGCGAAUACCCGAGGACUCUGUACUCUGUGUCUGGGCCGAGUCAGCUGCAUACACAUGUCAAUAUGUGAUGUUGACUGCGCAUAGAAAUACACCAAUCCACUGCUUGUAGGUAAUAAAUUUCUGCUAUGUG